AUGGCUGAGAGGAGUCGGCCCCCGCCGGCCGCCGCCUUUUAUAGACUCCGCCUCCCCGCCCUUCCCCCGCCCGCGCCUGUUGAUGCCAGGAGCGCCACGCCGAGGGCGCGUGGCCAGGCGUGCUGCUCGCGUGAUCAGCGCCCCUAUUGGCCGCCGCCACCUUGUUUACAGCCCCGCCGUCCAAUCAGAACGCCGGGUACGGAGCGUGGACAGCGUGUGAAGGAGAGGCGAGCGUGUUCAAGUGAGAGGAGGGUGGGAGAGGGGGGGAACGGAGUGACGGCCCGGCAGGCCAAUGGGGAGAGAGGGCGAGCGGCGGCGGUAGCCAACGGCGAGCGGAGAACAGGAUGUAAUGUGCUCAGGCAUGAAGGAGGGGGAGAGUCCGCCCCAGGAUUAUCGGGAGCUGCUACCCAUCGUUGCCUGGAGAAGCCACACUCCUCUCAUGGCAGGCUGUCCUUUGUCCCCUCCAUCAGACAACCGCCUGAAUUGCUUGGAGAGCUGAGGCCUUGCCAGGAAUGGCACAGGAGUGAUUUUCCUCCCUCCACCCGUGCGGGCCGGUUGGUUGGAUUACAGAAACGACAAAGGAUAUCGGUGUUUUUCACCUGCCCAGUCCUAGGUACAAAGUUUAAGAGGAGCAGCAACGUCCUCAUCUUUAGAAAAAAGAAAUGCAUCCAAAUCCAACAGAAAAAAUUGUGA